CCAAGAGUUGUCAGCUAUCAUCAUAAUGGCAAGUAGUUGCAGGCGGCCUUCUGAUAUGAUCAGUAACCUUCCUGGCAAUGUAAUAGAAACCAUCCUAAUGCGUUUGCCAAUCCGAGAUGCGGUAAGGACUAGUAUUUUGUCAAGGAAAUGGAGGUAUAUCUGGGCCAAACUUCCAGAAAUUGUAUUUGAUGAUACACUGUGCCAAGAAUCAGUGGAAAACCAACAUGGAGCUAAAACUAAACUUGCGGAGACCAUCUAUCAAGUUCUGCUACUUCACCACGGACCAAUACUGAAGUUCACCCUCUCUAUUCCUGGAUUGGAAAGUUCUUAUGAGAUUGACCAAUUGAUACUUUUCCUGUUGAGGAAUGGAAUCGAGGAUUUCACCCUUCAAAUGCGGGAAAGUGAGCCCUAUAAAUUACCCGCAGCCUUCUUUUCCUGUAUACAAAUGAAAUAUUUAGAUCUUCAUUUUUGUGUAUUUAAGCCUUCACCAAGCUUUAAAGGAUUUAGUAGGCUGACCAGUUUAAAGUUUUGUGAAGUCAAUGUUGGUAGAGAAAUUAUUGAAAGCUUAAUCUCCAAUUGCCCGCUACUUGAGCAAUUUACUCUGAAAUUGACUUUGGAAAUUUCUGACAGCAUCAACUACCUUGAAAUCAAUGCUCCCAAUCUCAAAUUCUUCUUCUUUCAGGGCAUCUUAAAAUCCAUAUGGUUCAAAAACGCUCCACUUCUUGCAGAAGUUGAAAUAUAUACAGAAAAUCCUGUGGACAAUUCCUUGGCUGUAGGUGGUGUACCUAAUAAGCUUUCAUCUACUUUAAUCAACCUCAAAAUUCUUACUUUGUAUGAAAUAUGUUUUGAGCAACUGGAUGAGGUCUCUUGCACUCUUUGUUUGAUGAGAAGUUCCCCCACCUUACAAAAAAUUACUAUUGAGGCAUGUCCCGACAUCUGUGGUGGUAUUGGUGUUUCAGAAUUUUUGGGAAGGCAACACCACUCAGAUAUAGUUUUGGAGAAACUUCAGAAAGUGAAUAUGCAAGUUGUCUCUGACACAAGGGCUCAAUUGGAGUUUAUUAAGCUUCUAUUAGCCAAAUCACCAGUGCUAGAGACAAUGCUACUCGAGCCCAAAUCAAUGAAGGCUGAUGAAGGAUUGAACUUGUUGAAAGUGAUAACACAAUUUCGACGAGCGUCUGCUGAUGCAGAAGUUCUUUUCAAAGACUGGUAA